GUCGCCGCGAAGGAUACCUGGUAUCCGCUGUCGCUCGCUUUGACACAUAUUCAUAGCAGUGGAAACUGUUUUGCUGCUUUGUUGUAAAUAUUACGAAGAAAACGCAGAUGAAAUUGCAUUUAUAAAAUGUGCUAAACGUUUUAAAUACUUUAACACAUAAAGUCUAUAUCAUUUUCGUAGUAAAUACAAACAGUUAUAUAUGUAUAUAUAUACGCACAUAUGUGUAUUGUAUAUUAGUUAUACAAAUGUUAGAAAAAAAUUGAAAUUAAGUCAGUAAUAUAAAAGUGCGGAAGAUUACAAAUGCGUAAGUCAAGUAUUUCACACACGAUUUGCUACGUGAAACAAUGAAAAGAAUUUAAAUAAAAGUAAAAAGUGAACUUCAAAUUCCUAACAUCAUACGUUGUACAAAAUCGAUAUCUCGCUAAAUCUCGGAAGUGCGUUUUGGACACGUUGAAGCCCAGCGAAGCGGGGAGUGGCAGAGUACUGCAUUUAUUCAGCUCGUGUGUGUGUUGUUUGUGCGUUUCAUCGAGUUUGUAGUUAUUAUUAUGUUUAUAAAUUUCAAAUGAAAUAUGAUAUAUAGGAUAUGCAGCAUAAUGCGGAAAUCUAGUUGAUUGUGUGAAUGCCUUGAGCCAAUUUAACGGAAGUGAAAAAGUAUAUAAAUAUAACUAAGAUGGUCUUUAAGGCCUGAAACUUAACUACGGUGUGCUGAUUCUGUGUACGUAAAUUUCCAAAAGUGAAAAAUUAAAAUCAACCGCUGAUAACUUAAAGUUUAAGAAAUGCAUUCUGUGGGCAUCCAUUCGGCUAUGGCAAUAAAACGCCAACGUAAACGACGUGAUGAACAGAAACGUGCGCGAGAAAGACGUUACAGUACGCAGAGUUCUGAAAGUGGAGAAACAUUUCAUUCGCCAAGUGGUUCCUUUCGACGUAAAUUUCAUCAUGCACAUAGCGUUGCUAAGCCUGGACCAGGCAUGUUGGACAGCCAGGUUGUCACCAGCAUCGGUAUGCUGCACAUUGGUAUCGUAUUUAUAGUAUUUGGUGUAUUCUUAUGCGGUGCUGGUAUUAUACCAGAUGAAACUAUGUCCUGGAAUGUGUUCAGUAGCAGCUCGGCAUGGUGGAAUGAAGUUACUUGCACUGGGCUUUUCUCGCUUGGAUUAGGACUAUUUUUACUUGUACUGAAUUGCUUGAUUAGCCGCAAGGAAGAAGAAGAUCUCGAAGAUUAUGUGCAACGACAACUAACUAGAUCACGAUCUGGUCAUCGUCUGGAACGUGAUGUCGAAACUGGUGUGCUAACUACACGCCAUGCACGGAAAGCUGUAGCUUUACAAAAGAACAUGCGCAAUGGAACUGCCACGGAUGUAGCACUUGUGAACAGCGCAUCGGCGGAAGAAGUAGCAAAUGGUUUAGCCAACACCGGUGAUAUAGUGCUCGAGAAAAUCGUGGAGGAAGAUAAUACGUAUAUUAAUGAUCGUAGCGCUGGCAUAUCUCCGAUAGAUAUUGAGAAUGAUACCAAGCAAUUGCUGAGAAGAGAAUCAUUAAAUGAAACAAUCAAUAUAACACGAAUAUAAAACGUAAUGAUGCAUCUACACUUUAAUACUUGUAAACAAAAAUAUGGAAUAUUUUACUAUUUAUUAUAAAGACUUUUAUUUAAACUUAAGCCUUUAAACUAUAAGUGAAGUAUUUAAAUAAAAAAAAAAAUACAAAAUAUAUAUAUUUAAAAUAGUUUAACAAAAAUCCCAUGUGACCAUAUUUUUUAACAAAUGUCUUUUAUAAGUAUUUUCGUAUUUGCAUGUAUACUUAAUUAAUAUGUAAAACUUAAACCAUAACAAAUAUACACACAGAAAUAUGAGUAUCGAUUUGUCGUGCAUAGCCUAAACAAAUAAUGGUUUAAUUUACUUUAAUUAUAAUGAAUAGCAGUAUAGUACUAGAUUAUACAUUCCCACUUCUAUAUAUUAAACGAAAAAAAAUUUCUCGAACAACUUUAAAACAUGUACUAAAUGAAUACACACACUGCACUUUGAAAUUCAUAUGACUCUAAGCAAACACAAUUUAUUAAAUGCCGAAUUAUAUUAAAAUAGCACAACAAAGCAAAUUUGCAAAACGAUACACACAUACACACAUAUAUGUAAAUGUACAUAUAAAAUAUCAUUGAUGCGUAAACGUAAUCAUACGAACCGUAAAAAGUUUCAAUACUAAUCAUGUAUAAACUUGCUAAAACUGGAAAUAUUAUAAUUAAAUGGAAGUUACGAUUUAUUACAAAUAGGCAAAGCAGUAAAAAAUAAUAAUUGCACAAUUCAAACUCAUGUGAAAAGACUUUUAAGUAUAUACUAAAUAUAUAUGUAAAAAAUUAAAAAAAAAAAAUAAAAAUUGAAAAAAUAAUCCAAUAUAGCUGUAACUAAACUCUAUCUAACGCAUAAACUAUGCCAUAUACAGACAUACAUGUAUAUAUUUUAUAACGCUCUAGUUAAAACUCAAAUAUGUAUAUAUAUAUACCAACUAGAUCUACAAAUAUUUUCGCAUUAUUUAUCAACAGCCUUAGUGCUUUAGCAUCAUUCGUCAUUAAGGGCUUGCCUAACUGAUAAUAUUUAAUUAUACAUUAUACGCAACAUUUAUAUGCAUAUUAUUUUUUACACUGCAAUAUAAUUUAAAUUUAUAAAUUUUCAUUAUUUCUUAAGCAUAAUUAGUCUGUAAUCUUUUGGUUAGUUGAGAUAUAUAUAUGUAUGCCCUGACACAGACACUAUAACUUUAAUUAAUCCUCUAAUUAGACAUUAUUAUAAAUGCUAAUAUGGCAUUUAACUUUGUAAUUGAUAUUAUAUACAAAUAUAUUUCAUUUAUUAAAAUUAUAAAAUGUUAAUUAUUUUCACUUUAUACCAUUGUGCUUUUUCCGAGAUUAGUUGUCCUUGCUGUGUUUUCUAACUGAUAUCGACCUGUCAAAAUUUCUAAUACUAUUCUAAUUAUUAACAUUCAUAAUUGCGAGACAUCAAAGAAUAUAUGUAUGCAUGUAUGUAUAUGAAAAAAACUCCAAAUAAAAGCGGUCUAAAAUAAUGAAACAAUAUCUGAAAAGCAUAAAAUAAUGAUUUAGUGUGAACUUAAAAAUACUACUUUGCUAAUAUUAUAAAGAUUAAAUCAUCCUCUAGUUUUUUAUUGCAAAAAUAUAUAUUUAAAAAUUUUCUUCUAAUUUCUAAGUUUUAUUUGCAAGGUGCGGCCAGACCAUAUAAGCUAGUUAGGCUAUUGCCUAUGGCGAGAGAGUUUUAGGACUGCAUUUUGAUUAAUUUUCCUUACAUAUUUUAUUUCUUUGUUUAUUUAUUUAUCAGCAAAUUUUUAUUUCAAAACAAUUGAGUUCGAAUUUUCCAAAUUAAAGGCACGAACAUAUUUAAAUAAUAAACUUAUUUAUUAUACGUUUAAUUAUUACCUUUUUAAAUAAUUAAGUUAAACCUUUAGAAUAUGAUAUUUUUGUUAAAUAAAAUGACCUGAAUAAUUUUUUAAAAUUAUAAAUUUUGUUGCUUAGAGAGGUAUUUGCAAGAAUAAAUUGUUUCGGGCUGGCCCUAUUUAUUGCAAAGUUUAGUAAAAAUAAAGCUUGAAGCUGUUUAACCAUAAGUCAAAAUUGUAAACACUGCCCAGAGCCAAUUAUAACGCUACAUUCCCUCAGAAUUUAAAUUUACAUACAUACAUAUGUAUGUAUGUAUGUACAUAUGUUGCUUUAAAAAUGUAUUUAUUUAUUCAAAUAAUUUUCUGCAGCAGUUUCUUUUGCUAUACAAAUAAUACUUUUUGGGUUUUGAGAAACAGUCAUUCUUGCCUUAUGUCACAUACUAUAUAAUGCGUUUAUACUUAACAGCUAUCUUUCAUUAAAUAAUUUUAAUAUGGGUGAAAAAAAGAAAUAAGCUAUAAAGUUUUCUAUACGAGAAGUUGAUUUUCAUCAUUCAGUAUGUAUGGCAGAUAUGUGCUAUAGUAAUUCAGUCUGAAAAAUUUCUCCGAAAAUUUGCCUUUGGCAAUAAUCCAAAUUUCAAAAAAAGAUAUCCAAGAAUGAUAGAAUAGUAUUCUACAUGUCUCGUUAAAUAAAAAAAUAGCACAGUUUUGAUGUCGACGUCAAUAGAAGCUAACACGAUGACUACAAUAACCAAAAAAACUAGUAUCUUAGAAAGGAUAUUUUUUAUUUAUAUGAAUUAACAAAUUAAUUAACGUUGUUUUUUUUAUAAAUAUUUAUUAGCUACUUGAAUCUGUGAAUUAGACAAUGAACGAUAAUCCCCCCUUCCUCCCCUGAUAUUAUCAAGUGUGAUUGCUGAUGUUAAUAUUUUACUUAACAAAAUGCUUUUCGAUUUGAAAAAAGAUUAUAACCACUAUUUUGAUAAAAGAAAAACUUAUUGCAAAUAACUUUACUAUAAAAUAAAACAAUCAACAAAAAAUUUACAUUUUGUAUGUAUAAUAAUUUAACAUUAAACUAAAAAAUUACAAUAGCCUUUUUAUUUAAAUUUAAGUCUUAAAGUAAUAAGUAAAAUGUUUAAAUUGAAUUAUGCGAUAGCUCGUGAAAUAUCCAAUAUUAGUAUAUUUUAAUAACGUGUUUUAAUAACUAUUUUCAUAUAUCCUUAUAGAUCCUAACAAAAAAAAACAAGCAAACGUCACUAAAAUAAUUAUUAAAUGGCGUGAGACAUAAAAUCGCCAUUGGUACUACAUAUAACAAAUGUAAACUUACAUAUAUUACAUACAUACCAUACAUACUACAUGCAUACGUACAUAACAUUUUCUUAAAUAUGCUAAAGAAAAAUAAACAAUAAUGCCGCACUUUGCCAGUAGGUACGCAUUUUAUAAUAUUAUUUCUCGAUUUAAAUAAUAUUUAUAGAACGUCAACGUGAGAGUAAAAUAAGUUUAAAUGUAAAAAAGGUUAUCUUCAAUACUCCUAAGGUAUUUAUAUACAAAUCGCAAAUCGAAAAUAUAUUUAACAUUGAAUGUGCGACAUAAUUGCUGCAAAAAUUUAAAUAUUACCUAAAUUUUCUUCGAAAUUUAUUUUAAUAUAGUUAAGCCAGCAAAAAAUAUUUGCACAAUUUAAAAUCAUGUGAAAAGACUUUUUUUAAAUAAAGCUAUAUGCAUAAUGAAAAAUUAAA